AUGUAUACAGUAAUGUAUAUCCCAGCUCCCCUGUACUCCAUUGUAGUGAUAUGACAUGUAUACAGUAAUUACUUACUCCAUGAGUCCCCCACGGUGGUGGAGAGGGUGGCUCCUCUCAGUGGAGGAGAGCGGACCUCUCCUGCACCUGUCCCCUCAGCGGCGGUGCCGGAAAUCGGAAACUGGAACUUGGCUUCACAAUGAGGCUUGGAGUGCAGCCGCUCCAUCAUCUGUGCUCGCCGCUAGAGAAUUUCUCCUCGCAUUUGGCGAGCGGCUUUUUCAAGCCCUG